AUGAAAUCAAAAGACAUAGAGCAAAACAGCAAAGUCAGUAACAUAAAACCAAUUCCACUCAAUUCAGCAUAAGAUUACAAGAAAUAAGAACAUGCAAAAACUUAAAUUAUCAGUAGUAAAUCAGCAAUUCCUGCAUAGAAUCAAACAAGCUUUUCUCAGUCCCAAAUUACUACAAAGGUAUUUAGAUUCAGGAUAUUUAGUUUUAUUUGCCACUACAUAUUAAAAAAGUAAGGGAUUAACUGUUAGUAGACAAAGAAGUUAAUGAGAAGGUCUACUAAUCCGAAGAUUCAACCGAGUGGUUCAAAGGUAUAUUAAUUAUGCAACUCAAAUUUGGUUACUGUAAAUAUUACAAGAAAAAACAAUAUUAUUAUGAGGGAUAUUUUUGUUGUGGACUCAAACAUGGAAAUGGUUUGAUUAUCUAUGAAGAUGGUACCUAUUAUGUAAUUAUUAUACUUAAUUCUAGUAAGGAAACUUUUUUGCUGAUAAAGUUCUUGGGGAUAAUCGUAUGUUUAAAGCCUUUGAAGAUGAAUGCCAUAAAAACGCAAAGUUAUAAAAAACAACAAAAUUGGAAUUUCCUAACGGGGCUAUUUAUGAGGGUUAACUUUUAGAAGGGAAAAGACAUGGCAAAGGUAUAUACACUUGGAAGGACGGUACUAAGUAUGAAGGACAAUUUGAAAAUGAUAAAAUCAAUGGAUUUGGAAUCAUGGAAUACACAGAUAGUCGAAAAUACAAAGGGGAAUGGGUGAAUGGAGAAAUGGAAGGUUUUGGGCAUUUCAUAUGGCCAAAUUCAGAAGAGUAUAAGGGAUUUUAUAAGUAAAGUAAGAAAAAUGGAUUUGGAGUUUUUAAAUAUAGUAGUGGAAUUGUAUAUUAUGGAGGAUUUGUUAAUGGAUUGAAUCAUGGUACUGCUGUUCUAAUGUAAUAAAAUCAUCAACCUAAAAUUUCAAAGUGGGAGGAAGGUUUAUAAAUAGAAUGA